GUUUAACUGUUUAUGUUUAUAUCACAAUUAUGAAGAAAAUACUAAUUACUAGCGCAGUUUAGUUAUUUAGAAUUAAAGAUUACUGAAAGAGGUAAAAUAACUGAACGGACUGUAUGUAGUUACUUAACAUCCAAAUACCUUUGGUAAUUAAUUACUUUUACAUUCGCUUUGAGCAUUAAUGACAAGCGAAGGCGAACUAGGUGGAUACGCACCAGCGACACAUUUUUGAUUUGUAGCUAUGGCUGAUGGAGUGCAAAUUCUUAGACGUAAUCGUCCCGGCUCUAAAGCUAAGGAUUUUUGUCGCUGGCCCGAUGAACCGUUUGAAGAAAUGGACAGUACAUUGGCUGUGCAACAAUUCAUUCAACAAACUAUUCGACGUGAUCCUGCAAAUUUAGAAGCUAUCCUUAAAAUGCCUGAGGCUCAAGAUGAAGGUGUCUGGAAAUACGAACAUUUAAGACAGUUUUGUAUGGAACUCAAUGGACUUGCAGUAAGAUUACAAAGUGAGUGUAAGCCAGAAACAUGUACACAGAUGACUGCAACAGAACAAUGGAUAUUUCUUUGUGCUGCUCACAAGACCCCAAAGGAAUGUCCUGCUAUUGAUUAUACGAGACACACUCUUGAUGGUGCUGCUUGCCUACUGAACAGUAAUAAAUACUUUCCAAGCAGGUUAGUAACAAGAUUUAUAUAUAUUCAUAGUUAUUAAAAAAAAUUGGUGGGUGUAUAAUUUAAUAUACUGGGAAAUAUACCAUUUCUCCUAAUACCAACCUAAACUGCAUACAGUGCACCCACCCUGCCAAUUGAAUUAUUAAGUUCUGCAGUGUUACGUGGGACAUAGCACUAAGACUGGUGGGUAUUGGCUAUGCGCUCACUAAUACAUACAUAACAUAAACACUCACGCCUGUCACCCAGAGGGGUAGGCAGAGAUUAUGGACUUCCAUUUGGCACGAUCCUGACACACCUCUCUCGCUUCCUCCACAUCCAUAUACCUUCGCAUACACGCUCGUCGGUUAAAGGUACUCUACCGGCGACGAGGUUUGCCACCCGUCAAGUUCUGUCCCCCCGAGGGGCGAAAAGUGGAUUGCGGAAGCCCGUCUGGCUACAUUGAAUGUAUGUGGAGGAAUGAAUGAUAAGAUGGAUGAAGUAUGCGAUAUGAUGUAUGAUAGAGGAAUAGACGUGUUAUGUGUGAAUGAGACGAAACGGAAGGGAAAGGAUGCCACUACACAUGGCAUGUAUACCGCGUACUGGUCUGGUGUAGACGAGACCGAGCGGGCAUGCCAGGGAGUCGGUAUCAUCCUUUCAGAAAGAAUGGGUCAUUGUGUAAAAGAGUAUGAAUGUGUAAGCCCGAGACUGCUAUGGAUACGAAUGAAAGUAGGCUUAAAGAAGUUGUUUGUUUUAGGGAUCUACGCCCCAGACAUGUCUAAGCCCACUUAUAUCCGAGAGCAGUUUUGGGAGUUGGUAAGGAUGGUGCUAAUGAAAUGCAAGGUUAAUGAAAAUAUUGUGAUAUUAGGCGAUUUAAGAAGGGUUGGGGUGAGGAGGCUUGGUUAUGAAAGGAUAUUGGGAACGUUUGGUGAUGAAAGUAUAAAUGAGAAUGGUGAAAGCCUUCUCGCCGUAUGCGUGGAAAAGAAUCUUGUUGUGACGAACACUUUCUUUCAUCAUAAGAAGAUUCACACGUAUACAUGGGAAAGAGGUGAUGAUAGAAGUAUGAUAGAUUUCAUAAUUGUUGAUCAAAGAAUGAGGAGCGCGGUGGUAGAUACAAGGGUUUACCGGGGCUCUAACGUAGGGACGGAUCAUUACUUGGUCUUAUGCCGAAUUAAUGGUCUUUUCAGACGUUGGAGGCAUCGGACAUCUGUGUCUACCACAGCGUUACAGCGUAUAAGAACAGAGAGGUUACAAGAUGAAGGUGUGAAAGAGAAGUUCAAAUGUAGAUUGAGAGAAAAUAUAAGUGGUAUGGCUGAAUUGUGUAUAAAUGAUUUAGACUUGGAGGCUGUGUGGUAUAAUGUCAAGAAAGGUUUAGUGGAUGCAGCUACCGAAGUAUGUGGUGUAAGUAAGAGAACGAAUGAAAGGAAAAAUAACACGUUAUGGUGGGAUGAUGAGGUACGGAUGGAAGUUGAAGCAAAGAAGAAAGCAUGGCUAGAUUUACUAGCAACCAAGGCUAGUAAUUCUAGCAGUAUGAAUGAUGAUAUUGAAAGGAAAAAGGCAGUUUUUAGACACCUAAAUAAGAGAGUAAAAGAAGUAGUUG